AAAUACACGUCAGAGGUCAAGAACCGUGGAUCACAAACUCUCAGAGAAAUCAUCAAAGCUAGUGCCAACGAAGGCCAUCCGAUCACUUUUUUGGUCUACAGCCUCCUCCUCCCUUGGGCUGCAGAGGUGGUGUGUGAGUUUCACAUCCCAAUUGCACUUCUUUCCACAGUUUUGGAUAUAUACUACUAUUACUUUAAUGGCAAUUUUGAUAUCAAUGUCGAAAAUUGCAAAGACACAUCAUGGUCUAUUGAGCUACAAGGACUGCCAUUGGUAAAAAGCCAUGACCUUCCCUCCUUUAUACUUCCUACAAACUCAGAAAAAUUCAAUCAUCUUCAAUCAUUUAAAGAGCAGGUUGAAACACUAGAGGAAGAAACCAAUCCAAUAGUUCUUGUUAACUCUUUCGAUGCACUAGAACCAGAGGCCUUAAAAGCCAUCGAUAAGUACAUUUUGAUUGGGAUUGGGCCGCUAAUUCCUUCUGCCUUCUUAGAUGGAAAAUACCCAUCCGACAUUUCUUUUGGGGGUGAUCUUUUUGAAAAUCAAACACAUAUAUCGAGUGGUUGA